CUGGACAAAGCACUGCCGAUUGUCCUCUCCUAACGAGUCCUCGGGCGGAGCACCAGAUGGUGACGAUGACAUCCCCCGCAUGCCCAACACCUGCUGGACGCCGCUGCAGCGCUCGCGCCGCACGGAGUGCCUCGUGCGCCCCACCUGCCGGCCACUUGCCGCCACAACCGCAUUCCCCCGCAGUGUCACUUUGUCACCGACAGAGCACAACAAACAUGGCGGAGACCGAAGCCCUGGAGUACAUCACGGAGCAUGAACGCAUCCUGCAGGAAAUUGAGAGCACGGAGACCGCUUGCGUCGGCCCCACGCUACGAUCUGUGUAUGAUGACCAGCCUAAUGCCCAUAAACGAUUUAUGGAAAAACUUGAUGCUCGUAUCCGAAACCAUGACCGGGAGAUUGAAAAAAUGUGCAAUUUUCAUCAUCAGGGCUUUGUGGAUGCCAUUACUGAACUCUUAAAAGUUAGAGCAGAUGCAGAAAAACUAAUGGUCCAGGUUACUGACACCAAUCGAAGACUGCAGGAUGCUGGGAAAGAAGUGACAGCUCAGACAGAAGAAAUGAUUCGAUGCAGAGUUCAGCAAAGAAAUAUUGCUACUACGGUUGAAAAGCUUCAGUUGUGCAUACCAGUUCUGGAAAUGUACAGCAAGCUUAAAGAACAACUUGAAUCUAAAAGGUACUAUGCUGCCCUCAAAACAAUGGAACAACUUGAAAACGUUUAUAUACCUAGAGUUGGCCAGUAUCGAUUUUGUCAAAUUAUGGCAGAAACUCUACCCAAAUUGCGUGAGGAAAUUAAGGACAUUUCCAUGUCAGAUCUGAAAGACUUUUUAGAAAGCAUUCGGAAGCACUCUGACAAAAUAGGAGAAACAGCAAUGAAGCAGGCCCAUCAACACAGAACAUUUAACAGUGCUGUACAAAAGCAAGCCAAUUCAGUCUAUUGCAAUCCUCCUUAUAUGUUCAAUGGAAAAGCAUCCAAUCAAGACAAUGAAUAUGGAGUUGAUGAAGAUUAUGAAAAUGAUGAAGAGGUUCUAACUGCUCAAGAUCUAGUGGAUUUUUCACCCGUAUACAGGUGUCUUCACAUUUAUACUGUUCUGGGUGACAGAGAAACCUUUGAAAACUACUACCGAAAACAGAGAAGAAAACAAGCACGAUUAGUAUUACAGCCUCAAUCUAAUAUGCAUGAAACCGUUGAAGGAUACAGGAGAUAUUUUAACCAGAUUGUUGGUUUUUUUGUAGUGGAGGAUCAUAUUUUGCAUGCAACCCAGGGGUUGGUAACCAGAGCCUACACUGAUGAAUUGUGGAGUAUGGCCCUCUCCAAAAUCAUAGCAGUUCUACGAACACACUCGUCUUAUUGCACUGACCCAGAUCUUGUCCUGGAACUAAAGAAUUUAAUUGUUAUAUUUGCAGAUACUUUGCAGGGUUAUGGCUUUCCAGUAAACAGACUGUUUGACCUUCUUUUUGAAAUAAGAGAUCAGUAUAAUGAGACUCUUUUAAAAAAGUGGGCUGGAGUUUUCAGAGAAAUAUUUGAGUCUGACAACUACAGCCCUAUUCCAGUAGAAAAUGAGGAAGAAUAUAAAAGUGUAAUUAGUAGAUUUCCAUUCCAUGAUGCAGAAAUUGAAAAGCAACAGUUUCCAAAGAAGCUUCCAAUGUCUCAAUCAGUGCCUCAAAUCUACAUCCAGGUGAAAGAGUUCAUUUAUGCAAGCCUUAAAUUUUCAGAAUCACUUCAUCGCAGCUCCACUGAAAUAGAUGAUAUGCUUCGGAAAUCCACAAAUCUCCUGCUGACCAGGACUUUAAGUUGUUGUUUGCAGAAUCUCAUUAAAAAACCACAUAUAGGAUUAACAGAGCUUGUACAGAUCAUCAUUAACACAACACACUUGGAACAGGCAUGUAAAUACUUAGAGGAUUUCAUUACAAACAUCACAAAUGUUUCUCCAGAGACCAUUCACACUACCCGGCUUUACGGACUUUCUACAUUCAAGGAUGCAAGACAUGCAGCUGAAGGAGAAAUAUACACUAAAUUAAACCAAAAGAUUGAUGAAUUUAUUCAGCUGGCAGACUAUGAAUGGACCAUGUCAGAAUCUGAUGGCCGUGCUAGUGGAUAUUUAAUGGAUCUCAUAAAUUUCCUUAGAAGCACAUUUCAAGUAUUCACACAUUUGCCUAAUAACAACAAUGACCAUGCAGCAAUGUCGGGAAAAGUAGCACAAACUGCUUGCAUGUCUGCUUGCAAGCAUCUGUCCACAUCAUUAAUGCAGAUGCUCCUCGACAAUGAACUGAAACAGAUAAGCAUGGGAGCAAUACAACAGUUUAAUUUGGACGUCAUACAGUGUGAAUUGUUUGCUAGCUCUGAACCUGUGCCAGGAUUUCAAGGGGACACCUUACAGUUAGCCUUCAUUGACCUCAGACAACUCCUUGACCUGUUUAUGGUUUGGGACUGGUCCACGUAUCUAGCGGACUAUGGACAGCCCACCUCCAAGUACCUACGAGUAAACCCUUCUACUGCUUUAGCACUACUGGAGAAAAUGAAGGACACUAGUAAAAAGAACAACAUUUUUUCCCAGUUCAGGAAAAAUGAUCGUGACAAGCAGAAGCUAAUAGAGACAGUGGUGAAGCAACUGAGAAGUUUAGUGAAUGGGAUGUCACAACACACCUAACAUCCUUAAGAUUUUUCCCUUGAGCAAUUUCAGUCAGUAAAUGGAUUUUUUUUUCCCUUUUUCGGUGGGAUGCAGUGUAAAUACGAACUAUGAACAAUUAUGAAAGACUGAAACAUAAAAGCAGUACAAUGUUUUUUAAUGUAUUUUUAAUGGAUAAGAACUAUGUUUUGUAAAUCGUGAAUGUGCACUGAUUGUACCUACAUGCAAAGAGUGUUUCAAAACAAAAUUAAGAAUGUAUCUUCUUAGGGAUAAUGAAGUCACAACCGACUGAUAUCUUAAUAAAUAUUUAUAAUGUCUCUUCAUGCCGGA